CCGGGUGAGAGGCAGCCCUUGGGGACUGGCGGGCUGGGCUGGGCUGGGCGGGGGCGGCCCCGUCGUGAGCGGGUGACCGCGGGGGACUCUCCCCGCCUGGACCCUAGGGCCGCGCUUGGGGGCUGCGGCCGCUGAGCCCCGCGGAGGCUGCGCGCAGGGAGCCAGCGACACCCCGGGCUGAGGCGCCGGCCGGCAGCGAUGGCGCAGAAGAGGCGCGCUAAGGGGCCCGGCCCCUCCCAGGGGGAAGACCCGGACGAGGACUAUGCGCUGAGCCAGAGCGCCAGCCAGGUGCAGCGGAACCUGGAGCGACUCUCGCCGGCGCACGUGGAUCAGAAGGUGAGCGAAUUGGUGCAAUACCUGCUGGUCAAGGAUCAGAAGAAAAUCCCCAUCAAACGGGCAGAUAUCCUGAAAAAUGUCAUCAAAGACUACAGAGGCGUCUAUUCUGAGAUCAUUAAGCGAGCCGGCAGGACUCUCCAGCAGGUUUUUGGGCUGCAGUUGAUGGAGAUAGACCCCAAGCAUCACAUCUACAUCCUGGUCAGCAUUCUGCCGCGCCUGGAAGUGGAUAACCUGAAACAAUCCCUAGUCCUCCGCAGAGUUCCCUGGGUGAGUGACACCCCUCUUGUGUGUUGCAGGGAUGAUUGCACAGCAAAGCUGGGCCUCCUCACUGUCAUCCUCAGCUUCCUCUUCAUGAAGGGCAAUGCUGCUAAAGAAUCUGCUGUGUGGGAGAUGUUAAGGAGACUGCGAGUUGACCCUGGAGUGAGACACGAGGUCUUUGGGGAUGUCAAGAAGUUGGUGACUGAGGAAUUUGUCCGCCAAAAGUACCUGGAAUACAACCGCAUACCCCACACAGAUCCACCCGAGUUUGAGUUCCAGUGGGGGGCACGGGCUGCCAAGGAGACCUCCAAGAUGCAGAUCCUGCGCUUUGUCGCCAAGAUCCAAAACAAGGACCCCAAGGCCUGGAGCACCCAGUACACUGAGGCAGCAGCUGAGGAGGCAGCUGCGGGGGGCCUGUUCCAAGACAUUCGCACCCCUGGAGACACUGGUGGGGCCAGCCAGGGGGCACGGAGGAGGACCCGGUGAGCCUUAUCCACUUCACCCACAGGUGGUCUGCCCCAUGAUGCCUUGUGAACCAGCAGACCUGAGAAGUAGGGGAGCUGUGGCCUCUGCCCAUGCUGAGCCUAGCAUCCAGCACCCAAGGGUCCACUGUGGCAGCUGCCUCUGCCCUCCUGAGAUCAGCCCACCUGAGACAUGGCCCAUGGACAAAUGUGUUGUAAAAUGCUGUUUGAUUGUUGUAUGUUGAUUAGCUCAGCUGCAGAGACCGCUCCUCACCUUUCUGGAGGGGGACAUGGGCAGCUUGUGUGAACCCCUCCCUCCGGAGUUGCCAUGGAGUGGGUUUCUGCCGCACGCAGGGGCUGGCUCAGAGCUGGGCACUGACAUGACCUCUGAUCCUUGUGAUUCACCCACGACGCUUUCAAAUAAAGUCCCCUUAGUGGAG